AGAAAGAUUAACUUGAUUAUUUAGGAUAGAAAUAUUACUUAUAUAUGAGUAAGGAGUUGUUAUGCACCCAACUUAGAUGAAAAACCUCUUAUAUACCAAUAUUUUAAUAUUUUGAAUAAAUGCUUGGUCCCCAUGAUUUUUAUGGUUUUAAAAAAAGGUAUGUGAGGGGUUUUGAAGCGAGGUAUGGUGGUCACUUUUGGUCCAAGUGGUUUGACAACUGAAGUCAAAUCUAUAGAGAUUGACAACAAACCACUACUUGAGGCAUUGCCAGGAGACAAUGUUGGUUUCAACGUUAAGAAUGUCGCCGUGAAGGAUCUUAAACGGGUCUAUGUUGCUUCGAAUUCUAAGGAUGACCCUGCAAAGGGUGCUGCUAGCUUUUCUUCUCACGUCAUCAUCAUUAACCACCCUGGUCAAAUUCGAAAGGGGUAUGCACCAGUUCUUCAUUGUCAUACUUCUCAUAUUACUGUUGAAUUUGAUGAGCUAUUGAGCAAGAUUGACCGGAGGUCUCUGUCUUAUAAAGAGCUGGAGGCGAAACCUGAGUUUUUGAAAAAUGGUGAGGCUGGAAUAGUGAAGAUGGUUCCAACAAAGCCGAUGGUGGUUGAGACUUUCUCUGACUAUCCUCCAUUGGGUCGGUUUGUUGUUAGGGACUUGAAGCAGGCUGUUGGUGUGGGCGUGAUCAUCAGUGUGGAUAAGCUGGAUCCAACCGGAUGAAUGGUAGUUUGUUCUAUGAAUAACUUGAAAUUGAGUUUAAACUAUUUUGUUCUUUUUUAACUUUUUAUGGGUUUGGUUAGUGCAUAUGGUGGUCCGGAAAUUUUUUCUGGAUCAUACUCUGGUGCUUGAUAGGCCGUGGCAUUAUUUCUUGUACUUUCAUGGCUAUUUUACUGUAUGAUAUUAGUGUCGUCUCAUAUCAACUAAUUAAGUAGUUUCCUUGUCUAUUGUAGGACAGUAGACAGUGCAAUGAGUUGUAUUUCGAUUACAUGUGAACUCUGCUCUCAACUCAAAGUUUAAAUAACUAUUGUA